GGUAUAUCUUGUACUUUGCGAUUGCCGCCAAGCUAACAGGCCUGUGUAACCUCUCUUUCUCAACUCCUAUUUCUGCGACCCACACGAAUUCUGGCAGCCGGCGAAUACUAGAUGGGACUGCUCGAAGGGCUUCGUUGGUCUAGGAAGACCACUAACAUCUCACCUACGGAUACGGUGGUGUUCAUCGUAGGUCCUUCUGGCUCAGGAAAGAGUCGGUUUAUGGAUAUCCUCUUGCAAAACGCAAACGUUCGUGCCGUUCGUAACAACAAAGGCCAGAGACCUGGCACUACGGAAGUUUAUGCGGAAAGGUGCCGUUUCGAAGGGAUGCCGAGUGACAUCGUUCUUGUGGACACGCCAUCAUUUCACACGUACGAGGACCCGGAUGGCGAGGAAACCUUGAAGAAAUGGAUGGAUUCAAGGUGCACGAAGUGCAAAAGAGCUGUAAUCCUAUACACGCAUGACAUCGCAUCGAACCCACACGACGAAAACUUGGUCAUCUCGAGGCAUCUCGAGGCCUUCAGACGUACGCUUCCUCGAAAUCUCACUGUUGACACUGUUCACGUCGUUCCAACUAUGGCUUUCGGGGCAAAGUUACCUGUCGAGAAGAUUAGUGUUUUAAUGGACACGACUCCAAAGUCCAGGCGGACGAUGACGCCGUUUAACGGAAGACCCGAAGUUGCAUGGGACGUUGUACGGGAACUCUUGAAUCAUUGCGAGGAGAGAGAAUGGAAGAAUUUGGGUGCAACAAUCGAGGUCCAGAAAACCAGAUUAGAAGCUGACCUUCCAGGUCAACCCGAGCACUAUGUGGCUCUUGUCAAGCAUGCAGAUCUUCUUCUUCAACGGUACCAGAGCCAGUACUGGCACUUGUACGGGGAGAAAGAGCGGAAAGAUGAUUUGGACGAGAUCAUCACCCUUAGGCGAAAGGGUGUUGGACGUGCUGUGUUGGAGCUUACUCCUUCAGGACACCAGCAACGCUUCGCGCAUCUCGUCAACCUAGCGAAUAGCCUGGACCAACGAUUCCAGAGAGAGGGCAUUACCGCCGAUUUAGAGGAGAUUAUUCCUCUCCGACGAGCUGCGUUGGAAUGCUCCCCUCCGGCGCCUUCCGAUCAAUGCAUAUCUCUGAUCAACCUUGCGAACUGUCUUCGCGAGAAAGUUGAAACAGUGGGUGGGAUAAAGGAAUUAAAUGAGGCCAUCGCACAUGCUAGUACUGCAUUGGCACUCUCCCCUCCAGGAUCUUACAGCUCUUCUCGUGAUUGUCUUGCGAGCUGUGUCGAGCUGAAGAUCCAGAAUAUACAGGCUCGGACAGGGGGGGCAAGCUCCCGCUCGUCCAGUAGUAUCAAAGAAACAAUCUGGAAGAUCGUCGGCGAAACCGUCAAGAGUAUUCCGUUACGAUUACUAAACACCCGCACUGGAAUACUGUGUAAUCGGGUUGCGCAGCUAUCCAAUUUCGAGGGUAGCCGCGAAUACAAGCAGCUACUUGCAUCGGCCUCCAAGUAUAAUGGCCAGGAACUAGAAGCACUCAUCCGGAAAGCAGUUAUUUCCUUCUUUCAAUUCGUCACACUAUCUCACAGGUGGGGGGAUGACGAACCCUUGCUACGCGAUAUCGAAGGUAGAAAUGUCUAUGGGCUGGAGGAUAAAACUGGUCUCCCAAAGCUUCAAAAAUUUUGCCUCCUUGCCCUCAAACACGAAUAUGUGUGGGCGUGGAGUGAUACAUGCUGCAUUGAUAAGGAAAGCAGUGCGGAAGUGCAAGAAGCCAUUGGAUCUAUGUUCUUCUGGUAUCGCCAGUCGGCACUGACGAUCGUGCACCUUUCCGAUGUAUUCGACAAGUCAUCGUUCACUGAUAGCGCCUGGUUCAAACGGGGUUGGACUCUCCAGGAAUUGCUGGCUCCCCGUGUGGUCUUGUUCUACACACGGGACUGGUCGCUCUACAUGAGCUGCAGAUCUUCGAAUCACAAAACAGACAGUACCGUACUCAAAGAUCUCCAAAAGGCAUCAGGGAUAGGAGAAUGGCAUCUUGAGAACUUCAAACCUGGGAUGGACGAUGCACGAUCAAGGCUCCAAUGGGCAUCGGGACGUCGUACAACCAGACCGGAAGACGUUGCCUACUCGCUUUUCGGAGUUUUCGAUCUCCAUCUACCAGUCCUGUACGGCGAGUCUGCAGAUAAAGCUCUCGGACGACUCUUGGCGGAGAUUAUUUCACAGUCGGGAGACGUCUCGGUUUUAGAUUGGGUCGGAGAGGCAUCGUCGUUCCACAGCUGUUUCCCUGCCAACCUCACACCAUACCAAACAAUGCCCUGUGCACGUUCAACUCCGGGAGACCUUUCCGGUAGCGAAGAGGAUCUCGAAAGCGCACGGAAAUUGUGGAGUAGCCUUGCCGACCUGCCCUCUCCCUCGAUUCAUCAAUCACACGCUCACGUUACUGUGAUCAAACCAGCAGGAACGCCGGGCCCUCAGACUCACACGUAUGAGAUCCACGCAUCGGGUCUAACGCCCUUCCAGCUCACAUUGUCCGAGUCGCUCGGGCUCUGUAAAGGUCCCGACGCCAAGUUGACAUACAUUCUUGUCCGUCCUUGGCACUCCAAGUCGCUUGAUGUGCUCGCGAGCGACGACACGCAUGCUCCAUUGAAGUUGUUACAGCAGCUCGCGCAGCCAUUCAAUGCGCUCCUGCUAGUGAAAUCCCGUGGUAGACAGUACAAGAGAAUUGCAGCUGAUUGCACAAUCAACUGUCGUACCCAGGAUCUGCCUAGGUAUCACUAA